AUGGCCACGCUCUCAAUUCCACGAGAGGCACAAGCCCUCAAUGCCUAUGAUGACAAGAGCUUUAUCAAGGAAGAUCAUAGCCAUCAAAUGCACCCUAAUGACCCGACCCGGGUGGCUGUUUUUCCGGCCGAUAAGGCCCGCGGCACCAACUUCAAACCCUUCCCCGUAGAGACACGCAACUUCUACAUCAACAUACCGCCGCCAUCGCCGCUGCAGCUAUUCCAGCUUUUCCUUCCUAUUUCCCUCGUUGAGAGAUGGGUCCAAUACACUCAAAGCUGGCUUCUUUGGCUCAAGGAAAAUGAAGUUAUUGAUAGCUGGAAUCACCCGAUGACGAAGAACGCAAGGCUGCGAGCUUGGCAAGGGACCUCUAUUGCAGAAGUAUAUGUAUGGCUUGGAGUGCUAAUUUAUAUGGGUUUACAUAAGGAAAGGACCAUUAAGAGCCAUUGGAGUACUCCAAAGCCGGGGGAACAGCGCCCUUUACACUCAAUCAUCAAGUUCAUGCCCUAUUGGAAGUUUCAGAUCCUUCACCGCCACCUUCGCCCUUUUGACUACACCAAGAUCGACGAGACCGGGCCUCUUCCGAAGGUAUUUCAAGCCUGUGACGAGUGGUCUAAUCAUAUACAAGCUAUGUCGGCAGAGAUCUUUAUCCCGGGCUCUCAUCUCGCUGUAGAUGAGUGCAUAGUCCGCUUCACAGGCAGGUCUAAUGAGACAACAGUCGUCAAAGGCAAGCCUAUUCCCCGAGGCUUCAAGAUCUGGGUUAUCGCACAGCACGGGUUUUUUAUCCACUGGUUCUGGCACAUCACGGGCGCACAAUACGGCGCCGUUGGUAUUGAGCUUCCUCCCGCAAAGCGCCGCCGCACGCAAGGAUCACAAGAGACACAAGGAGGCUCCUCAGACGAGCCUAUCGCCUUGAACUCGACUCAAAGCAUCGUCGUGGCCCUAGUAAAUACACUGCCAAAAGCGACAUACCACGUCUUCGUCGAUAACCUCUUCUCGUCGUCAGAUCUCUUCCGCAGCCUCCGCAUGCAUGGCCACGGAGCCACAGGCACGGCUCGAGCUAAUAGCGGCAUCAACGAGGAGCUUGUUCAUGAUCUCAGAGGCGAUAAAAGGCUAAGUACUAGCUACGACUUUAACCAGGUCAAGGUAAUCCCUACGGCUGACAAUCAGGUCAACCAAGUCGCUUGGAAGGAUAACCGCCUUGUCUUGUUCUUCACGACCGUCUUUUCCGGCGAGGAGCGCGUUGAACGCCGCAGGAAAAAGCCCUCCUCCAAGAAGCCCGAGGCCCGUCAGAUCCGCCGCUUCUUCGGCGAUGAAGCUAUUAAGGAUAUCUCUAUCCCUACUGUUGCCGCCGAAUAUAAUGAUGAGAUGAAUCACGUUGAUCGGGGUGACCAGUUGAGGUCAUAUUAUGCGAAGCAAUUUGACCCAGGGUUCGGCAAAUACGCCUACUAA